AUGGGAAGCUACUCUAUUUACAACGCUCAUCCAAGAAACUAUGGAAAUGGUUCAAGAACUUGUAGAAAAUGUGGAGCCCGUAAAGGUCUUAUUAGAAAAUAUGGACUUGAUUUAUGCAGAAGAUGUUUCAGAGAAAAGGCUGUUGAAAUUGGAUUCCAAAAACUUGAUUAA